CUCUGGGUUCUGGCUACCUGACCCACUCCCCGCGCAGACGCCAGCCCGAGAGGUCACCCACCUGCAGCCCCAGCAAGUCCCAAACACGCCAGCCGAGUGACGGGCCAUGGAAGCCACAGAUGCCUCCAGAAGCAACGGGGCCAGCCUGGAAGCCAGGGAUGCCCGCAGCCCCCCGGGCCCCAACGGCACCCUGGAGAAUGGGGCCAAGGCCGAAGGCCAAGAUGCCAAGACCACCAACGGGCACGGCGGGGAGGCGGCCGAGGGCAAGAGCCUGGGCGGCGCCCUGAAGACAGGGGAGGGCAAGAGCUCCCUGUUCUCGGGGAACGAGUGGCGGCGGCCCAUCAUCCAGUUUGUCGAGUCCGUGGACGACAAGGGCUCCAGCUACUUCAGCAUGGACUCUGGGGACGGCAAGAGGUCCCCCUACGCCGGGCUCCAGCUGGGGGCCAGCAGGAAGCCGCCCCUCUCCUUCGCCGAGAAGGGGGAGCUGCGCAAGUCCAUCUUCUCGGAGCCCCGAAAGCCCAUGGUGUCCAUUGUGGAGCCCGGGGAGGCCCGGCGGAACAGCUACCCCCGGGCCGACGGCGGCCUCCUCCUGCGCUCCAAGUCGGGCUCCGAGGAGGUCCUGUGUGACUCCUGCAUUGGCAAUAAGCAGAAGGCCGUCAAGUCCUGCCUGGUGUGCCAGGCCUCCUUCUGCGAGCCGCACCUCAAGCCCCACCUGGAGGGCGCCGCUUUCCGCGACCACAAGCUGCUCGAGCCCAUCCGGGACUUCGAGGCCCGCAAGUGCCCCCUGCACGGCAAGACCAUGGAGCUCUUCUGCCAGACGGACCAGACCUGCAUCUGCUACCUCUGCAUGUUCCAAGAGCACAAGAAUCACAGCACGGUGACCGUCGAAGAGGCCAAGGCCGAGAAGGAGACAGAGCUGUCCCUGCAAAAAGAACAGUUGCAGCUCAAGAUCAUCGAGAUUGAGGAUGAAGCUGAGAAGUGGCAGAAGGAGAAGGACCGCAUCAAGAGCUUCACCACCAGUGAGAAGUCUCUCCUGGAGCAAAACUUCCGGGAUCUGGUGCAGGACCUGGAGAAGCAAAAGGAGGAAGUGAGGGCUACAUUGGAACAGCGGGAGCAGGAUGCCGUGGACCAAAUAAAGGUGAUCGUGGAUGCUCUGGACGAGAGGGCCAAGGUGCUGCAUGAGGACAAGCAGACCAGGGAGCAGAUGCAAAGCAUCAGUGACUCGGUGCUGUUUCUGCAGGAAUUUGGUGCAUUGAUGAGCAAUUACUCCCUCCCCCCACCCCUGCCUACCUACCAUGUUCUGCUGGAGGGGGAGGGCCUGGGACAGUCACUUGGCAACUUCAAGGAUGACCUGCUCAACGUGUGCAUGCGCCAUGUUGAGAAGAUGUGCAAGGCAGAACUGAGCCGUAACUUCAUCGAGAGGAACCACAUGGAGAACGGGGCUGACCACCGCUAUAUGAGCACCUACACUAACAGCUACUCGAGCGAGUGGGGCACACCUGAUACCAUGAAGAGAUACUCCAUGUACCUCACGCCCAAGGGUGGGGCCAGGACAGCCUACCAGCCGGGGUCCCCCAGCCGCCUCUCCAAGGAGACCAACCAGAAGAACUUCAACAAUCUCUAUGGCACCAAAGGUAACUACAGCUCCAGGGUCUGGGAAUACUCCUCCACCAUUCAGAACUCUGACGAGGGGCCUGCAGUCCAAGGCAGCUCCUCCUUCUCCCUGAAAGCAGGCGCUAGGAAAACCCCCUAUCAGUUCACCACCUUGGGACAGCCAUGGAAAACCACAGAGUUUUCCAAACCACUGGACGGCAGUGGACGGUUUAAAAAUAAUCCUGGCUAUCCUUCCCUCAUCAGGAGCCAGAGCCCCAAGGCCCAGCCCCAGACUUGGAAAUCUGGCAAGCAGACUUUGCUGUCUCACUACCGGCCCUUCUAUGUCAACAAAGGCAAUGGGAUGGGGUCCAACGAGGCCCCGUGAGUUCCAGACAGGCAGCACACCGAGGCCCUGGCACCCCUGCCCUCCCCGGCUGAUCCUGCUGCUCUCGCUACUGUGCUCAUCUGCGUGGAAGGGGGACCCCCUCCUCCUUCCCCCCGUCAGCCAGGCCCCAUCCAGGCCCCUCUCCAGCUUUGGGACUUCUAAUGGUCACCAUCUCUCCUGUGCUCAGAGACCAGCCAUCGCAGGGGUGGGAGAUAGGUUGGCUUCUCUCCCCUAAUCCACCACCCUCCUCUUGGGUGGGAUUGCUGGGGCCCACGUGGUGGCAGCCUGCCUCUCCCACCCAUGCCCCUGCUGUCAUGAGGCCUGUUGGCCGUUUCUCUCCAAGGCUCCUUCCCUGUGAUGUGGUCAGUAGGUGCUUGGCCAGGAUAGUUGCCCGCCUCUCAUCCACAUGGGCCCAACUUCUCCUUCCCACCAGCCUGGCCCCAUCAGGAGGCCGAGCCUGCAGCCCUGGGCCGCCGUGGAGGGGAAGCUCUCAGGGUCUCAGCAUCAUCCCCACCUUGCCGGGCGUCACCGUAACCGCGCGGAGUCCCGAGGUCCCUGGGGAUGGGCUCUCCUGGCUGCAAGGAUGGUCUUAGCCAAGAUAGGUCCCUCUUCUACCUGCUGAGAUAAGCAAUUCCCUCAACAUGAUAUAAUCCAUCCAUGAACAUAGUUCCUGGCCCAGCUGCCCAAGGGACAUGCCAUUUUCCUCUGGAAUCCUGGUGGUCCUGCUGUUCUGUGUCCUCCCUGGUGACGGCAAGUGAGCAGCCGGGGACGGUGUGUCUCGGCUGGUCACUUGCAAUUUCCAGGUAACUGCUGCUGUUAUUUCUAACACCCACCGCCCCCCAGCCUCAUCCACUGCCCCCAUCCGUCUUCCUCCUCCCUCUGACUACCUUCCAUGUCGCACGCUGUCAUGGGGCGCAGGGCCUGGAGAGGGACCAAAGUAGGAGCAGCAAGGUGGGGCCCUUCCUCCUCUCACCAUCCCUCCCAAGGGCCCUGGGGGCAAGGAGGCGGGGGCCAGCUGGCCAGGGGGAGAAGGGGGGCAUUCAGCUUGGGCUUUCCCCUCUGGAAUAAACCAUUGAUCAUGGA